AUGAAAUUUGCAAUAAGUGAAAUAAAUUCUGCACUUAAAGAAGCAGUAGGAAAGGGAUAUAAAGUUCCUCCACUAAAUGUUGUUAUUUUGGAGGCUGGACCAGCACCAAACACCAAUCUUGUAACAUAUAAAGCCUGUGAAAUGUAUAUAGAGGACUUAGAAUUAAAUCAAGGAGAAUCUUUGGACAUUGCUUGUAAUGAAGCCAUUUUUCGAAGACUUACAGAUUUUUCUAAUAAUCAGCUAAAAUUAAAUCCUAUUCUUGGUCAGUGGUAUACUAGUAAAGAUAUAUGCAGUGCUCUAAUAUCUGCCUUCUCUGGAUAUAGGUUAUUUGGAUUAGCAUCUACACUUGGCAAAAAGUAUCUGGAAAAGCUUCAGGAUGUUGUCAAUUACAAAGCAAUAUUUCACAUUUUUGAGCAUAUCUGA